AUGCACAAACCAUUUCAUUUUGUACUCUUCAUAGUUUUGGCUUUGGGAGCUGAGUGGCAAACAGGAUUGGACAACGUGAUCAAAAACUAACCUCAAUUGACACUCACCAGCAAUUAUCCAAUCCACACUCAAAUCGAAAUCCUAUUUGACAAGCAAUUCUCAGAGUAUGUAUCUGUCUUAAAAGAGUGCCUGAAGUAUUGCUCAUGUUUGAACAAGUAACCUUCGAAUCAACCUUGGAUGUCGACAUUAAUCUAUCAUUGGGUCAAGUGACCAAAUCUGGUAGAAUAUUUAAGCUCUCCUUUUAGGUUUCGAAUUACGGUAUCGUCUAGGAGGACCUGCAAGAGUCCAAUAACUUAAAGUCAGAUGGGUGGCAUUCGUCGAUAAAAAUGUCUAACUCACCUACCGUGAAUUCAAUUUCAUGCAAUUAAGGGAACUUCGCCAAGGUAUUCUCAUCCAUCAAAUACUUCAAGGUUCUGGUAUAAGGGAAGACACCUUCACCCAACCUGUCAACGCUAACAUCCAAUCACCCAAAGUUAGUGCUUUUCUUGUGGGGUUCAAAAUUAAUCCAGAAAACGGACCAUAUGCUCUUCAAAUCAAUUGUGCUCUGGAUUCACAAUUGCAAAACGUUGAUUUGAAUUUAAAAACUAAAGACACUACCCAUGUAAGAUAUGUCAAAGUGGCUUUGAUUAUUGUGGGAGAAGGUUCUAAAGCUAUAACAAAAUAAGGCGGUGUGGAUUCUAGAGGUUUCAAUUACUUUGAAGUAAAGAUAAAUAUAUUUUUCAAGGAACAAAGCACUAGUGGAAUUAGAAGAAUCAAUUACAAACAAGUUGUUCCAGAAACCUACCUAACGGCACCUUCAGACAACAUUCUGAGUCAAGGACUUAGAGGCUUUGAGGCAAAUAGUACAGAAAGUGAACUUAUUUCAAUGAGCUUGGAUAAGUAUCAUGUAUUCGAUGAGAAUUAUGAAAUGAACUUUGGUCCAUGUAUGGAGUACUUUUCUAUUAAGAGUGAAUGGCACUCUGAUCUACAGUCUAGAUUUCUCCAUCCUGUUGCACGAACCAACCAAAAUAGAGAAAAUGACAAUGAGUCAUCUGCGUAGAAAAUGAGUUUAAUAAAUCAAUAUAAGAUACUGGGCAAAUUGAAAUUGCCUUCUUUUUUUUUCCUUUUUCAUUUUGUUUGUAUUGCACAUAUUUUGUAAAUGCAAAUUUAUUUCCUUUUUUCUUUAAACAAUCAUGUUAUUGUUAUUGGCUAAGUUUUAUUUUAAUUAAAUUUAAAUCAUUCCUUUUUUUUUCUAUAAUAGUACUUUUUUGAAUAUUAUUUCUUAAUUGGGACGGAAAACGAGAUUGAGAAAUACCUCUUUGUUUCUCAAGAUUAAAUUGGGAAUAAAGACUAAAGUAAUUAAUAUUAAUAUUUAAUAUUUAAUAAUUUAUAUCAGUAGAACAGAAUGCAUACUUUUCGAAAAUUCGCAAGAGGCUAUAUGCAAACCAUGCUCUAUGGGAUUGAAGAGAGACCAAAAUUUAAAGUAUACAACAGAUUUUAUUAAAUUAGAUGGAUGGUACAUUUUAUUUUAUUUUGCAUUUAAUCAAUCAUUUUCAAUAUUUAUCAAUAAUCGUGAAUGCAAAUUAGAACAAGCGUUUUACAGACUUUAAAUUGGCUUAUUCACAAGACUUUUUGGAGUUUUUCAUCUUAAAUAAUACCUUGAAAUCAUCUAUGACAUCAAAUUUGGCAUUAGUUAUUAUCGCAAUCUCAUUUGCCUCCCAAUUAAUACUCAUCCUAUUUUUGAUGUUCUCCACAUUCAUUAGAAUAUGGACAGCCAAUCUUAUAAGAAGAGACAUCACAGGAAAUGAUAACAUGAAUUCCCAAAUAUAGCAAUGGGUGAUGAGUUUCAAUGAAACCCUCCAUUGGUAUUUUGUUCUGUAUCCUGUAAUUUAUCUCCAAAUUGCAGUUAUUUCUUUUAGUUCCCUCACGUGCAAUUCUGUAAGCAUUUUUCCAAAAUCCGAUUGCCAAAUAGGAAUAGGAACACAAAUACUAGCCAUAACUCCACUAAUAAUUUCAUACAUAAAUGGACAAAUCUUGAUUUACAUAAUGAGGAAUCACAGAUUUCAUGAGCCCAACUCUUUGAAAAGAAGAUACUCCCCUCUUUUAUUGUUAAACAACACGAUUAUUCUCGUUGAGAUUUUUUCCCAUUACAUUUAUGAAGUAAAAUUAGAUCAAUUACCUAAUAGUUCCAAGCUGCUGAUAUUUUGAAAUAUUCAAUGGCUAUUUUGUUUGCGCUGAAUUAAAUUGUAGAUCAAUUAACAAAUUUCCCUUAUAGAGAUCCCAUACGAGUUCCUUCUAUUAGAUUGGCUUUCGUGUAUGCUUGGAUAGUCAUAGCUGUUACUGCCUUUAAAUUUGGGUUUUUUCAAGAAGAGAAUCUAUUUUUCCUGAUUAUCUUGCCUUUGCCAGGAUUAGCUAUUGUAGGAGAAACCUUAUCAUCUUUAUUUUAAAAUCAUGCGAUAUUAAAUUAUAAUUCUAGCAUUUAAAUAGAAGAAAAACAUAUCAUCAUUGCAGUCGACUAAUGUUAUAAAUAUCAUAUUGAAUAUUUAAAAGUAUAGUUAUAAGCAAUUGAUUCUAGGACCCAUAGGCAUAAUUGCAAUAUUUUCAGUUUUUAAUGAUUCAUCGUUUGUAUUGUAAGAAUAAUAAGUGCUACUCCAAACUCAAACGGUUUGAGACUUUGAAUGUGGAUUAAAAAAAGGAUCUCAACACUCUCACUCUGAGCAUCAUCAAAUGUAUAUUUAAGGCAGCCCAAAACUGGCUGUUUUCUAUGUACUCUUUAUAAUAAUAAAAUAGUCAUAAUCAAAAUGCAGAUUUAUAAUUCGAGCAGUUGUAAUUAUAGUAUAUUAGUUUUGUCUCGGAAAUCGCUCAGAAGCCACUCAUAGGAUAUUUAGAAUUGAGACAAUAUUAGAACAAUAAAUUGAAUAACAAUUCCACUUACUUCGUUGAGAUUACUAACAAACUGGCUGAUCAAUUAAAAAAACAAAUCACGGAUAACUAAGUCAGACAGAACUCAAAGGCUGUCUUAAUUCAUGAAUAAAGAACUUAACUUAUAGAAAUCUCAUUGACUUAGCAAUGGUAAACUCAAAAUCUGUAUGAAAAUUUAUUAUAAAUCUAUAUAAAAUUGGUAGAUUAAAAAAUAGAUCAUUGGCAAAAUCUAAUAAAUGGAUAUCCGAGUUUGAAUCCAUUUUAAUAUAACACAUAAAAAUUGUGUGAAAAAAUCAUGAAUGUAAUGUAUGGACAUAUGAUUAGCUUAGGAUUGCAUUGGAUAAGUAUAUAGGAGUACCUUAAGAAUGGUUUGAUUUGAAAACAACCACUACUAAAGGUAUUGCUGUAAAAAAACUAAGUCAUGCUUAACUAAACAUCAAUGUAAUAACCUUAAAAUUAUACUCUUUAUUUUAUUCUUUAGUAAUGAAUGAUUUUGAUAGAGUAAGGAUAUAUAUAAUAAUUAGGCUAUUUAUGUAGAAUAGUAUGUGAAAGACUUAACUUCAAAUGAUAGAUAAAAGGAAAUUGAUAUAAUAGAUAACAUAUCUCUAUACAAUGAUUCAACUACCAUUAUUUUGGUUAGCAUCGUUAAGAAUAAAGGGAAGAUUGUUAAUAAAAAUCAAUUGGCAUUAGCGAAUUUCUUCCAUUACAUUGAUGCAAAUGAUUUCAAGGAAUCAGUCUCCUAGGUACAUAAUUUGCUACCUAAAACUAUGAUGAAAGGUCAUGAAUAUUUGAUAGAUGCUUUUAUAUAGAAAGGACAUAGUGAAUAUUUCAUUCGUAAGAUAUCUGGAUAUUAUGAGAAUAAAAAAGGAUUUAUUGAGAAAUGCUAUGUAAAAUUAGGGAAUUUGUUUGAGGAAUUAGAUGAUUAUGUUAUCACAGCAUCCAUUCUUAAAUGCAAUAUAUCUAAUUAGCUUAUUCUUGUUGAUGCUGAAGGAAAGAUUAUUGGAAUAAGUGAGGAAUUAUAUAAAACAAUAAGUGCAAAGAUUCCAAACAUUACCAUUGAAUUUUUUAAAGAAUUCUGUCACUUCUUUCUGAUAUUCCCCUCAUUUUUGACUAUUUUGAACUAAAAUCUAAGUAAAAUAAAUGAAUUAGAUCAUCAAUUUAUUGAAGAUGAAGAACAUCUAUUCUAUAUACCAUCAAAUUUGGUUGAACUUAAUUCUCUAUUUGUAAGAGAAUCUUAUGAGAGAAUUGGCAAUACACUUUAAGAAGGUUUAGAGAGUUAAAAUUUGAGUUCUUGGAGAUCUUGGAAAUCUGUAUCUAAAUCUUUGAAGAGUGAUCAUUCCUUGGGAUUGGACAGAGGUAAUACAACUAUAUUAGGGGAGAAAGUACCUAUAGCGGAUAGAUCUAAUAUUAAUUUUCACUUUCAGUUUAUGAACUAGCAUAAGGACUAAUUGGAGAAGGUAUUGAUUUCAUGUAAAUAUAAAGUACACGAUAAUAAGAACCAAAAUAAAAAUAUCUUUUUAGAUGAUGAAAGUGAAAAGGUAUUCUUACCCUUACUUCAUCAUUGAAUUAGAACACAUGAAUGAAAUUACUUCUUAGCAUAAGUUUUACAACAGAUAUCCAACUAUGGGAUAAAACUUUGAGGCUUCCAACACUUUGUUUAACUCAGCUUUAAACCACAAAUCUUUAAAUGAAACGGUUCCAUCAAGUGCAGACAGAUCAAUUUAGGAUACUAAACCAGUUAGUUUUUAGCCAGCUAAAUUAGUAAUAGAUUCAUAACUGACAAAACCAUCAAAAAUUAAUGAAGAAAAAAUAAAAUAAUUAAUUUAAUAAGAUGACAGUAAUAUCCUGUUUGGAAAUGACCAUUCAUAAAUUAGAUUAUUCGAUAAACCAAGUGCAAUAGAAGUUUAAGAUGUAUCUGCUCCACCAUCUGAAAUUAUGUUACCUAAGAAUGCAUAUCGGCCAGAUUUUAGUGGAAUCCCUCGACAGAAACAUUAAGACGAUGAUUCUGAUGAGUUCUUUUAACUCCACAAGUAAUUUGAUGUAAGAAUUCAAUGUUAUUAUUUAGGAAAAACCAUACAAAGUAGAGGAGAAAGAAUUAUAAAAGGAGAAAUCAAGUGAUGAUUUUAAAGAUAAGGAUGAAUCACAAUAGGAAAUAGAAGAUAAUCUUGAGAAGCAUUCUUCAAACUAAAAUGUCAAUAAGAAGAACUUUAUUCAAUUAUUGGUGGAGAAUAAAAAAAUGCUAUAGGAGUAAGAUUGAAUUAUGAUAUCUAAUUGUAGGAAUCAAAAUGACAUUGAUGAGGAGGAGAAGAAAAAAAGAUCAAUUGCGAGUUCAUCAAAGACUAGUACUUCUAAGUCUCCUUCAUUGCUUGUUCGUUCCUUGUAUUAGGUAAGUACAUUUGGAGGAGGACUUAAGUCUGUUAUAUUUGCCAUUUUAGUGUAUCUUGUUUUGCAAUUUUGUCUUGUGUUUGUUAAGUUGAGCAUCAUUCAAAGUAAAAUGUAAGAAUUAAUGUAGACAAUUAUGACAUUUUAUAAACUAAUAUCAAUUAUGUCACUUAUCCAGAAACUUUGAAUUUCUACUUCUAAAAGAUGGCCUUUUUUGCUUGGAUCAGUUUGUAAGAUAGGUUGGAUAUCAUUGAGUAUAGUGAGUUCAUUAGAAAGUAACAAAUAGAAGAACUGAAAGCCACUAGAGCUAUCAUAGAUAUAAAGUUAAAUGAAUUAUAUAAAGGAAUUAUAUAAUUUGAGGAGUAAAUUAUGAAUGAUGAGCUUAAGUUAGUAAGCAUUAACGAUUUAUCGUUUUCGGAAUAAUAGCUUGAUCUUACUUAAUUGAUUUAAUAAAUUCAAUUGCAUUCCUUUAAUUAUAUAGACAAUGCUGAAGAAGGUGUUAUCUUUUCUGAUUGCAUGUUCUUUAGAUUGAAUGUCCCUUAUGUUUACAAGUUUGCUUACAAAUACAUCACUUUACUUAAUGAAAACUUGGUUUAUUAUGAGGAUAGAAUUAUAAACGAUGUCGUAGUAUUAACCAUGACUUUUAUUGCCGUCAAUAGUUGUAUCAUUUUGUAUCUACUGUAUAAUACAUUUUUGUUGACUCAAUAUGAACGAUAGAUUUUGAUGCUAAUAACUAGAGUAUCUCAUAGAACUGCUGAAGAUAUCAUGUAGAAACUAACUGAUGUAAAGACAAUUUUGAUUGAGCCUUCAUAAUUGAUAUGGAAAAGAGUAAAUUACUUUGAAUUGAAUUAUGAACAAGUCCAAUAAAAUCAAUAAGUGACGAGUCUAUUGUUUGCAAAAUCAGUGAAAACUCAAUCGGUUACCAAAUCGAAUGAACUCUCUGGGCAAAAGUCAAAAGUAAGAUCGAAAAGAUCAUAUUAAAGUAACUCUUUGGCUUAGAGAAUCUAUGAUUUAACCUUAAGUUAUCCCUCGAAUUUUAUCUUCCUUUUCUUCCUAUGGUUCUUGGCAAUAUUAUUCAUAAUUGGAGGGAUUUUGGUUACUAUCAGUUAAGUAUCAGAUAUUAAACCUACCCUUAAUCUUAAUUUACAAUUGAUUCGAUUCAAACUUAGAUUUGACACCUUGAUUGUCUUGGGGGAAUGUUUAAAAACUCAAUAAGUAAUCAGUGAUAAAUUAGAAGCCAAAUUUGGAAACAUUAAUAUUGAUAUGAAAAAUCAAUUAAUUUUGGAUCUCUUUAGCGAGUAAACCGAUGGAUUUUAGGACUCAAUGAGAAGCAUCUAUGAUUCCCUUGCUAGUUAAUCUGGACUCUUGGAAGCAUAAAAGAAAGAAUUGCUAAUGUACUUUGAGGAUAGUCUGUGCAAUUACAUGAGUGAGGAAAUACCAUUUUGUACUAUCAGAGUAUCAAAUCAAAACUUUUCUGUUCCUGACUCCUUCAAAACAACCUAUGGUAAUCCAUGGUUAGAGGAUAAUAAUUUUGAUUAUCUAUCUGGUGGAAUUACGGGUUGUGUAUAAGAGUUUACAAAGACUUUAAAUUUGUAUUUCUCCAAAGAAAUUUAAUCAAAGCAAUUGCAAGUAUCUACAACUUAAGAGGCAGUAUCUUUUUUAAAAACAUAAAUUCAUCUUAAUCAAUUUGUUGAGUAUUUUCUAGAUUCUGGAAAGUUAUUGACAAUCAUAGGGGACAAUUUGUUCGAAUAGAAUUAAUCGAAAUUAUAAUAAGCCACAACAAUAAUGCAAUUAUAUAUUUAUAUAACAGGACUAGGUUUGCUAAUUAUUUUAGGUUCGAUCUCUUAUUUUUGGUUAAAGUAUGUUAGUUCGAGAAUGAAAUUAAUGAGAUUAAGUUUGACAUUAAUCCCAUAUGAAAUUCUAUUGGAGCCAAAGACAAUGAGUUCUUUAAAAUAAUUAUGA